ACUUUGCUGCGGUACCGCUGAGUGGCUGCUGCUCUUCAUGGCGGGCCGGGCGCUGCCGCUCUUGCUCCUGCUCGCCCUGUUGUGCGCUCGGCAGAGCCUCUGCGGCACCGCUCCAGCCUCCUCCUCACAGCCCGUGACCGCUCGGCUGGCGGCGAAGUGGCCGGCGACCCCGCUGCUGCUGGAGGCGAGUGAAUUCAUUGCAGAAGAUGGUAAUGAGAAGUUUUGGCAGUUCUUGGAAACUGUACGGGAAUUAACAGUUUAUAAGCAAGGAGAUUCAGAGUAUUCCUAUUACAAUUUAAUCUUGAAAAAAGCAGGACAAUUUUUAUCCAAUUUGCAAAUCAAUCUGUUGAAGUUUGCACUUUCCAUACGGGCUUAUUCUCCAACUGUUCAGAUGUUUCAGCAGAUUGCAGCUGAUGAACCUCCACCAGAAGGCUGCAGUGCAUUUGUGGUUAUCCAUGAGAAGCACACCUGUAAGACUAAUGAAAUAAAAAAGCUGCUGAAGAAGGCUACUAAGAGACCCAGGCCAUAUCUUUUUAAAGGAGACCAUAAAUUCCCAGCUGUCAAAGAGGAUGGCCCAGUGGUUGUUCUGUAUGCAGAAAUGGGUACAAAAGACUUUGCCAAAUUCCACAAGAUUUUAUCUGAGAAGGCACAAAAGGAGGAAAUUGUUUAUGUUCUCCGGCAUUAUGUUCAGAAACCAGGUUCCAGGAAAAUGUAUUUAUCUGGAUAUAGUGUGGAACUUGCAAUAAAGAGUACAGAAUAUAAAGCAGUAGAUGACACUCAGGUUAAAGGAGCAAAUGAGACAAAAGAAGAGGAAGAUGAGGAAGAGGAAGAGGAAAGUGAUGUCCAAGGAUUUCUCUUUGGCAAAUUAAAACAGAUAUAUCCUGAUCUGAAAAAUAACCUGAAAAAGUUUAAAAAACAUCUAAUUGAAACUACUAACAACAUGGAACCGCUGAAGGUUUGGGAGCUACAAGAUCUUAGUUUUCAAGCAGCUGCUCGAGUUAUGUCUACCCCUGUUUAUGAUGCUUUAAAGGUAAUGAAAGACAUUGCUCAGAACUUCCCAAUAAGAGCCAGAUCAUUGACAAGAGUGACCAUAGACAAGGAAAUGCGAAAUGAAAUAGAAGAAAAUCAGAAGCAUUUUCAUGAAACACUUGGAAUCCAACCUGGAGAAGCACAUUUAUUUCUAAAUGGCCUUCCUAUUGACUUGGAUUUUCAUGAUCCUUUUAGUAUCUUAGAGACUCUUAAACUGGAAGGAAAAGUGAUGCAUGGCCUUCAUGAACUUGGAAUCAAAGAGGAGAUCCUGAGUAAAUUUAUGAGGUUGCAUAUACAUCCUACAGAUAACAGUUACGCGCUAGAUAUUCGUCACUCUUCAAUAGUAUGGAUUAAUAAUAUAGAACAAGAUCACAGCUAUAGCACAUGGCCUGAAAGCUAUCAGGAACUGCUAAGACCCACACUUCCUGGAGUUCUGCAGCAGAUUAGACGCAAUUUACAUAAUUUGGUACUUUUUGUUGAUCCUGUCCAAGAAGAUACAGGUGAUUACAUGAAAGUGGCAGAGUUAUUCUACCAUUAUAAUGUUCCACUUAGAAUUGGAAUUGUUUUCAUUUUAAAUACAAAAGAAGAAAUUGAUGGAAAUGAAGAUGCUGGAAUAGCUCUUUGGAGAAGUUUUAGUUACAUUGCGGAGGAAUAUGACACCUUUCAGGCCUUUACCUCAAUAAUUAAGAUGUACCAUGAAGUGAGAGAUGGAAGUGUUCUAACAGUAGAUGAUGUGAAAGAUGUCCUUAGAAGUGAAUACCCUAAUGCUGAUGUUCAGAGUAUACUAGGUGUUCAUUCUGAACAUGAUGAAGGGAGGAAGGCAGGAGCAACCUUUUAUAAAAGGAGUGGCCUGGGCCCAUUGCCUCAAGUGCUGUUUAAUGGCGUGCCCUUUAAUAGAGACGAGAUGGAUGUUGAAGAGUUAGAGACAGUUAUUCUUCAGAGGAUUAUUGAUGCCACCAAGUUCUUCCAGCGGGCGGUGUUCAUGGGUUUGCUAAAUGAUCGCAUGAAUGCAAUAGAUUUUCUUAUGGACCAGAAAAACAUUGUUUCCCGUAUGAACCCCACUAUUCUUGGAGCAGAAAGAAGAUACAUACCUUUCAGACCCACAUCCGUUCCAUUUGAUGUGGAAGACUUCUCUACUUUCUCCUUUUUGGACUCACAAGAUAAAAGUGCUGUAAUUUCAGACAACAUGAAGUAUUUAACAGCAAAGGAUGAAGACACAGUAUACGCUGUUACUAUCUGGAUUAUUGCUGAUUUUGAUAAGCCAUCUGGUAGACGACUGCUUUCUAAUGCCUUGAAAAGCCUGAAAACAAGCAGUCAUACACGAGUUGGGAUUUUGAACAAUCCUUCAUCAAAAAUAAAGGAAUCUAACACAGCCAUUGCAAGAGGAAUUUUGUCUGCUUUUCUAACACAAAAUAACAGCAACUUAAAAAGUUUCCUGAGUAAACUCAGUAAGGAAGAGACAGCAAAAUCCCUUGCUGCUGGAACUAAAAUUACUAAAUUCCUCAUCCCAGGAAUGGAUGGCAAUACUUUUGAGAAGAAGUACAACACUUUAGGACUGGAUUUAAUGAAAACCCACCAGAUGUUCUGCCAGGAGGUUCUUAAACUGCUUCCUGGGCAAAUGGCUGUUAUGAGCAAUGGCAGGGUACUGGGUCCUUUAGAUGAAAAUGAAUUCUAUGCAGAAGACUUUGAUUUGUUAGCAAAGAUAACAUACAGUACCUCAGCGGAGAAGAUUAAAACUCUUGUCAAAGAGAUGGGAAACAGCAGUAAAAGUGGCAGUGAUUUGAUUAUGAAAAUAGAUGCCCUGCUGUCAUCUUUGCCUAAAACAGAGACGAGACAGGAUGCUGAAUUACUUAAAGAGCAGCACAGUGUAGUAAAAGUCGACCCCCAACAAAAUGAACCGUUCUAUGAUGUUAUUGCUAUUGUGGAUCCGUUGACAAGAGAAGCACAGAAGAUGUCUCAUUUAUUGAUUGUACUCAAGGACGUUAUCAAUAUGAAGCUCAGGUUAUUUUUGAAUUGCAAAUCUAAGCUGUCAGAACUGCCAUUGAAGAGCUUCUAUCGGUUUGUUCUGGAACCAGAAUUAAGUUAUGGGAUUAACAAACACCUUCCUUCUGAACCUGUGGCAAAAUUCCUAGAAUUGCCAGAAUCGCCUCUUUUGACUCUAAACAUGAUCACUCCAGAAAGCUGGUUGGUUGAAGCAGUAAACAGUUCCUGUGAUCUCGAUAACAUUCAUUUACAGGAGGUAAAAGGGGCAGUUAUAGCAGAAUAUGAACUGGAAUAUAUAUUGCUUGAAGGGCAUUGCUUUGAUGUGACAACUGGACAACCUCCUCGAGGGUUACAGUUCACUUUGGGCACAAAGAAUAAUCCUGUCAUGGUUGAUACUAUUGUGAUGGCCAACCUUGGAUAUUUUCAACUGAAAGCAAAUCCAGGCGCUUGGACACUGAGGUUGCGUAAAGGAAGAUCUGAGGAGAUUUAUCAGGUUUUUUCCCAUGAAGGAACCGAUUCUGUUGCUGACCUGACAGACAUUAUUGUGGUAUUAAACAACUUCAGAAGCAAAAUUAUCAAAGUUCAAGUACAGAAAAAGCCUGAUAAAAUGAAUGAAGAUCUCCUUACAGAUGGAACAGGAAAAUAUGGAAAUCUGGAAUCGGUUACAAGAUUUUCAGAAGAAAUUCCAACAGAAGAGAAGGAAAAGAAAAGUGAUAUUCUUAACAUUUUUUCUGUUGCUUCAGGCCAUUUAUAUGAACGUUUUUUAAGAAUUAUGAUGCUUUCUGUCCUACGUCAUACAAAAACACCAGUUAAAUUUUGGUUUCUGAAAAACUACCUCUCCCCUACAUUUAAGGAUGUUAUUCCUCACAUGGCUAAAAAGUAUGGUUUCAGCUAUGAGUUAGUACAGUAUAAGUGGCCUCGCUGGCUUUAUCAACAGACAGAAAAACAGAGAAUUAUCUGGGGCUACAAAAUUCUUUUCUUGGAUGUUCUUUUCCCUUUGGCUGUGGAUAAAAUAAUAUUUGUCGAUGCUGACCAGAUUGUGAGAAGUGACCUGAAAGAACUCAGAGAUCUAGAUCUAAAUGGAGCUCCCUAUGGAUACACACCUUUCUGUGACAGCCGUAAGGAAAUGGAUGGGUACCGUUUCUGGAAAUCAGGAUACUGGGCAUCACAUCUUGGGAAAAGGAAAUACCAUAUUAGUGCCUUAUAUGUUGUGGAUCUGAAGAUGUUCAGAAAGAUUGCAGCUGGAGACAGGCUUCGGGGCCAGUACCAGGCUCUUAGUCAAGAUCCAAACAGUCUGUCAAAUCUAGAUCAGGAUCUUCCCAAUAACAUGAUUCAUCAAGUAGCCAUUAAGUCUCUCCCCCAGGAGUGGCUUUGGUGUGAAACCUGGUGUGAUGAUCAGUCCAAGAAAAAGGCUAAAACCAUAGACUUGUGCAACAAUCCCCAAACCAAAGAACCAAAAUUAGAGGCUGCUGCCCGGAUAGUUCCUGAAUGGGUUGACUACGACUCUGAGAUACGAAAGUUAAUACAGCAAAUUGAAAAAGAGAAGAAAAAGCUAACAUCGUUAUUUCAGAAAGGUCUUAAACAUGAUGAACUUUAGCACAGCCCUUGAACAACAAUGGUGACAACUCAGUAGUCUUCUGGCAAAGACUGAAGGGGAGUUACAAAUGUUACAAUGGCACUAUUUGCAACAUUCUUUUAUGUUAAGUCAAAUAUUUUAUAACUUAUAGUGUUAUUUAAAACAUUUUAAAUGCAAUACAAAACCAAGAAAUCCACAGGUACUUGGGGUUGUGGCUUUUUUUACCCAGUGUGGAGUUUGGUUUUCUUUUCCUUCUUUAAAGUACAGUUUGCCCAGAGGAUUUUAGAAUAUGAAGAAAGAGGUGUUCAACUUCUCAAAAAGAUACAUUGUCAGUCUGGGGGAGGACAUACACAUUAAAUAUGUACAUGAAAACUGGUUUGUGCAUAUUACAUGCAUGAAGUUUAUGUAUUAAAAUAUCAAGAGUUUUGGUUAUAUGUCUAUAGUUUUGUCCCUGGAGAAUGCUGUGGCCACAAGAAAGAAUCUCAGUGUAGCAAAGAUAAGACACAAAAAAUAACUUUAGUAAUUUAGACCACACAAAGAUAAGUCAACUUGGAAGCUAAAAACAAGGAAUGACACUUUUCAUUUAUUGUGCAGGAUUGCUGCACUCUUACAAAUUUUAAAAACUAAGUUUUGAUUCUUAGGCUCCUUUUGGUCACUUAAAUAGUGUGUCAUAAAAUUCCAUUAUGACUUUGGUUAAGAUGGUUUUCCAACCAGCACACGUUGCACCAGAAGGUCAGUACCUGAAAGCUGUUUCUACUUGGUUUUGAUUAUCAUCACCCUGUUUAAAACUGAAAAUAAUAAAAUAUGUGAGUAUUUUUGAUUAUCAGUGGUGUUUCCUAUAAUUUUCUAAGUCUGUACUCACAAAACUGUUGCUUUAGUGGGCUACUGACAUUUUGAUCCCACAAAAAUUGCAGGGAAAAGUUCUUGCAAUACACAUAUUUGAAAAGGAGGAAUUUAUGACUUAAACUGAAAUCUAGUGCCUUAAAUAUAUACUCUGUUGUUUAGGCUGUGCUGGUUUCAAAAUUGGACUGGAUGAGACCACAAAUUCUUGUAAGAACAACUUAAUGCAGUCUUUCAGUCUAAAUGCUUGAAAUUACGAAAGACAAGGUAAUUUGCACUAAGUGGGUGAAUCUACAGUGAGUUGCAUAGUAUUUCCAUACCAGCAGAUAACUGAAUAAACAAUAAGAGAAAUGAAGCCUAUUUUGUAUGUACUGUCAUUGUCCUCAGAUGUUGGUUGUUUACAAUGGAAGAGCAAGUAUUUAAAAUUAUGCCUUGCUGGUAUUUUUCAAUUCCUAUUGCUAAGAACAUGAGAUAUGCAGAUUUUAUUUUUUUUACAGCUUUUUAUAGUUUUUGUUGUUUUACCUUUAUGCAUUUUUUUAAAUAUCUUUUGUGGGAUUUUCUUUUUACAAAGCACCCAAUGGAGCAUUUCCUGUGUGACCCACUAGCAGUAGUCAGUAAACUCUCAUGUCAGUUCCCUUUAACUGUCCCAUUUCAGUGCUGUAUCUGUUUUGUUAUGCUUGUUCUCUAACAUAAUUACUUCAGAAUAUCAGCCAGCAAGUCAAACAUACUGGAACAUAAACUUGGUAUUUUUAUACCAUAUAAGAUGGACUUAAAAUUGACCUAGCAGAUGCAUAUGCACCAUUAGUAUAAAUUCCGUGCAUAAGAAGGAAAUAACUGAUAUUCCAUAUUAGAGAAAAGAUUAUUCAAAUGCUUGCUGCAUUAUUUUUUUUCCUUUUCACUUCUUUUUUGAAGCUUAUGCUUCCAUCCUGAUGCCUUCCUUUGCAGCAGCAUUUCACAUCCCUCUGCCUUGGUCUCUCAUGCUUGGAGCGUACAGUGGAAAGCUUCUUUUAAGCCAGAAGUUAAUGGUUCUUUAUCUGUAAGAAACCUUAGUUCUCUUAUGAGUAUCUGUCUGGGAAGUUUCUGUUAUGCAACAUAAAAAGGGGAUAGUUUAUGCACUGAUUUUGUGUUCACGUUUUCUGUAUCAUCCUGUUCUUUUUUGAAAUGGAUUACUUCUACAGGCUUUAAAAAAGGAAAUAGCUCUUUAAUUACUAUUUCCUUGAGAUUACUUAAGUGAUUAGAAUAUAAUUUUUAGAAAUGCAAUUUGCUGGAGGUAUUUUCGAAGAUGUAAAAGGUGUCAUGCAAUUUCCUGCAGUGUUUUAUAUAUUUGUAAAAAAAUUUUUACAAUAUUUUUUUUCUGCAUAAUACCACUUUCAAAGAAAGCUCUUUUUUUGAGAUAUACAUUGGUUUAUAGAACAAGAAGGGUCCCACCAAUAUAUUCACUACUUGUUAAAGAUCUCUUUAAAGCAGCACUUUGAGUCAUUAGCAUAUAUAUUUUUAAUACCAAACCCAUGUAUUGUGUAUGUUGUACAAAAUAUUAAAAGGUGCCACUGGAGAAAAAAAAUAAUAUUAUUUUCUGUUCUCCAUUUUUGUAUUAUACAAUGACCAUUAAAUACUUUGUUAGUAGAUCCAAAGCAAAAAAAUUGCAGCAAGUCCUUAAAUGCCUUUAAUCUACAGAAAGUGUUUUUGCAGGGAAGCAACAGCAACAAGGAACCUGCUGCAGGGUGAGAACUUACUUAAGAGAGGCAGACUGAUCUUAUUUGUUGUUUCCAAGCUGCAUGUUCUGCCCUAGGAGCGGUACUUGCCUCCCUCUGAGACAUUGCAGAAUCAUAGAACCAUAGGAUACCAGGUUGGAAGGGACCUCCAGGAUUGUCUAGUCCAGCCUUCCUUCGCAAAAGCACAGUCCAGACAAGAUGGCCCAGCACUCUGUCAGGAAAAGCUUCAUAUACAACCACGUCCCUCGGGAGAUUAUUCCAAAGGCUGGUUGUUCUCACUGUGAAACUGGCAUUCAAUAGGUUUUCUACAAUUGCAGUAGUUGACUUCUAAACAUUCAAGUUUCUCUUACCACAGAGUGUGAUGACUCCCCCCUCUUCUCCCCUGCCUGCUGGCACUCCAGCAGCCUUGUACUGCAUUUCUGCACAGCUCUAACUCCAAACCUGGAGAGCAGGAUGAGCAAAGAAGGGCAGACAAAUACACAGCAGUGCUUUCUUGUCAUCAUAAAUAUCUUUAUUGUGAAAAAUACCAUAAAAUAAUUCCCACAGUUCUAGAAAAAAACAGUUCUUGCUUUUUAGAUUCAUGAUUUCAUAUAAAGACAUUUUAUAAUUUGAAACAUUUGAUAAAUCUCUGGCUACCUUUACUUAUCCUUCUUAUAACAUAAAACUGCUACUGAGAGAUUUGCUGAGGGGAAAAAAAAUUAUUCUGCCAUUUAUGUUAUGAUUUUAUGGACAAAAGUGUGUAUUACAGAGCAAACAAACAAUACCUUACAAUAAGGCACUUUUAAAUACAACUAACCUGCUAUGCUAUCCUGGCUAGUUUCCAGCAAAGCUCCUAUAAAUCACAGCCCUAAACAGAAGAAUAAUUCUUGUUCCAAACAUUGGUCUGAAAACUGAAAUGAUAACAAGCUUUAUGUUUUUUUUUAAAAAAAGUUUAAGCUGACAUUUUCUGCAUAUGUCACAAGUUUGAGCACUUCAGUCUGUAGUUCACUUUGAAUCUGUUUUAACACUGAUCAUCAGUACAUCAGUAUUAAACAUGUACCAAGUAUAAUAUGCCCCCCCACCUAUCUUUUAAAACAAGUUGGAAACAGGUUUAUUAAAACUGAAAGAAUUCAACAGAGGAAGUUUGCAUCUACAUACGGGCCAGUUAUGGUAACGAUGCUUCAUGCACAUCUCAGGGUUGACAAACUAGCAAGACAUUUAUUCCAAUGUUCAGUUAUUGAACAUUAUUGCACUACAGAAACCCACUAAUAAAUAAAAAGGCGAGUUCAGCUUCCUUGCACGUCGCCUGCACCAUUAACACUCAGGGUGUUACCAGUGCUUCAUUUUCCAAAGUCACAUCAGGAAAUGCAUCACCGUAUCUGGAGAGCCUUGCAAUGUAAAUAGUUCCUUUUUAACAAACUUCGUCUUUCUGCGUUUCCAGAAGUACCUCAAAGCCCUUAGGAAUAGCACUGGGGUGGUAACACUUCUUGUAAACAGCUGCUGCUCAAUACUAGUAAAGCUUUGUUCUCCACUGUCA